ACCCGCUGUUGUCCCAUGUUUGUGGUGGCGGCUGGCGGAGCCCAACUCGUUUCACUCUGCUGCCCGGCUGCACUGCGGAUCACUUGUCCGUACAUGUGACUGCUGAAACCAUGAGGCUGAGAAUGCGUAAAGCAUCCCAGCAGUCCGUCCCAGCCGUGGCGCCCCGCCCCUCGCGGACCAAGCGCAGGCAUUCCGACGUCGAGGAGGACACGCCCACCAGUGGUGGGAGGGGCCUGCUCUCCACUAUUAAGAAGUUCAUCAGGGGGAGCACCGUCAAGGUCCAACAGGAUAGCCCAGCCAAGAAGGCACGUCUCCACUGUGAUGUGGACAACAACCUGAUCUCUUCGACCCCGACCGGCAGACCCCAGGCACGGCCCAGCCGGAAAGGCCCCGCCAACGGACAGACCAGCAACCAUGACAGAAGUAAGGAGAAGGCCAACGGAAAGAUGGAGGAGACCACGGAGGUGGAGCUCCCCGUCAGCCCGCCCCGCUCCACCCUCCUGGGCACCAUCUUCUCCCCCGUCUUCAACUUCUUCUCGCCAGCUAAAGCCGCGCCGGCAGGGUCGGACUCCCCAGACCAGGCGGUGGAGGCGGAGGAGGUGGUGAAGCAGCUGGAGAUAGAGCAGGUGGAGGAGAUCCCCGCCGGCACAGCCACGGCGGUGCAGGACCUCCCCAGCGCCGUCCCCCUUUACCCCACCAGGCCCCCGCCGCUCCCAGCGCAGCAGAGCCCCAUCGCCUCGGCGGCCCCCCCGCUACCGCCUUCCGCUCCUCCACCACCUCCCCCCCAGGAGGAGGAGAAGACGGAGGCAGCGGGAGAGUUGGAGCCGGACAUUGACCUGCCGCCACUCACAGCUCCAGGGUCCACUCCGGACACGGCCUACGUGGACGUCGCCCCCACUACGGUGCCAGCCGAGCCUACCUACGAGGAGGACUGGGAGGUGUUUGAUCCUUAUUUCUUCAUCAAGCACGUUCCUCCUCUCACUGAAGAGCAGCUGACCCGCAAACCAGCCUUGCCUCUGAAGACCCGCAGCACUCCUGAGUUCUCCCUGGUGCUAGACCUGGACGAGACGUUGGUCCACUGCAGUCUGAACGAGCUGGAGGACGCCGCACUUACCUUCCCUGUCCUCUUCCAGGAUGUCAUCUACCAGGUCUACGUGCGUCUCAGGCCGUUCUUCAGAGAGUUCCUGGAGCGCAUGUCCCAGAUCUAUGAGAUCAUCCUCUUCACGGCCUCCAAGAAGGUGUAUGCUGACAAAUUGCUCAACAUCCUGGACCCCAAGAAACAGCUCGUCAGGCACCGGCUCUUCCGCGAGCACUGCGUUUGUGUCCAGGGGAACUACAUCAAGGACCUGAACAUUCUGGGCAGAGAUCUCUCCAAGACCAUCAUCAUUGACAAUUCACCACAGGCCUUCGCUUACCAGCUCUCCAAUGGCAUUCCAAUAGAGAGCUGGUUCAUGGACAAGAAUGACAAUGAGCUGUUGAAGCUGGUCCCCUUCCUUGAGAAGUUGGUAGAGAUGAACCAAGAUGUCCGCCCACACGUACGAGAGCGGUUCCGGCUACACGACCUGCUGCCCCCGGACUGAGUCACCGUGGUUACAGGACAACUGUCAUCAACAGCGGACAUGUAAAAAGCCCUCCUUCAGACAAACUCGACAACAUUACCAUUACUGUUAAAUCAUCGGCCCCUUUUCCUUCCUUCCCCGUUCACUUUUGUUUUUUAAACCCCAAAUGAUUUUAAGACUAAACAUCAUGAUGAAGAAGAAUAUAACGAUUUUUAAAGCCGGGGUUGGGAUAUUUUUUUCUACCAACGACAUGAAAUGGAAAAAUGAAACCAACUUCUUCGGAGGAGCUGUGUGGACUCCUUUUUGUUCUCCCGUUGCUGCGGCAACACCUGAAAACCGAUUUUAGGGGAAGACCACCUUUUUAAAAAUGACGAUCUCCUAGCUCUGGCUAGCCCUUUUCACGCCAAUACCAGCCCCCCCCCCCCCCCCCCCCCCAGGUGCUCCUCCGCUCGGUGAAAAAGACUCCAAAAUGGACGAGGACUUCUUCGUCUAUAGGAAUGCGUUGGACUGCCACCAUGUCCCUCCUUUUUUGAACAUGUAGUAGCGUCUAAGAUGUCAUUAUGCAUUCCUCUACAGCUGAAUUUUGCAUCACUCUGGCUGCUGGCAUUUUGUUUUUAGUAAAGAAAAAUAUAAGUAAAAUGAACUGUUUGUGUAUAGGUGGGUGGUUUGGGUAGGGUGGGGAGAGGGUCCCUGUAUGGUCACAUGACUAAACGGUAUGCUGAGGUUUGUGUGCCGUGCCGGUGUAAGCAACCGGGCACGCUCAAACGUUAAGUAAACACAUGAUGGCUUUCUAAUUAAGAAUUGGCUUGAAGUCUGCUUACCUGAAACACGCAACAGGUCAUUAAAGGGCAUUCAUUUUUAAAGUGAUACGUGUCAAAGUUAAGUUUCUAUAUAUGUUUUUUGUUUUUAACGGUCUUUUGGUCUGAUAUCAGUAUUGUUUUCUGCUCCCAGUCGUUGUUCAGCUCGAGGCUAGCGCUCGGCUAACUCUCACGUGUAACUAGAUGGCUAUGUGUUUGUACCUCUUGGAGAUGAACUCCUGUAGCACCUCUUUGCCAGCAUGUGAUGGAUUCUGGUCAGCCUGUGGGCCAGGCCCUGUCUGGUACCCACGUCUGUUGGCCGUUCCCAAUGCAGCACCAUUCCCCCACACCUCCCCGUAUCUCCUGGCAGUGUCUCCUUUCCUUGACCCUGUUUUAUGUACGUUCUCUGAUGCCUUUUUCUUUUUUUUUUUUUGGAAUGCAGUUUUACAGUGUGAUUUCGUUGACAAACGGCAACUAUAUGAAUGUGUUUCUGCCCCUACCGCCGUGCUUUUGGACAGUGGUUUAGUAAUACUCGAUGUCCCUCUCCACGGAACCCUCAGAGGGUUGGAGGUCGUGCCCCCAUGAUGUGUCGUCGUAGGAUAGGUUUUUGUUAGUGCUGGCAGCGUGACCACCACCACCACGCUGGAAAGCGGACCCCCGACUCCCCGUGUCCUUACUUCUGCGGCGUUGGGUUCCGGUGUCGGCUGGUGAUGUCUGAUGAAGCGCUGUAGAAAUACUCCUGGAGUCCUCGCUUUCGUCGGUGCGUUGAGGUUUCAGUAGCACACAUCUUGGUUUAACCCCCCUGGGUUUUGUAGAAGACAAUCAAGACCUCUUGUUUUAAGAUGUGGAGUUGUGUGGGGCUCGGUUUUAUUUGUUGUGUCGUAUAUAGUUGUGGUCCAUGAACAAAGCAGUAUGGCUUCCCUUUUUCCUUCUUCCUGGCUUGUAGAGCACAAACGGCUCACUGCGUAUCCAUGCCUCUCCUAGCUGGAGAACCAUGACUCGAGUCUAGCCUGAUCACUCCCUGGGCGCUAUGUAUGUAUGUUUGUAUGUGCGUGCGUGUGUGUCCAGACUCUGAAUGUAAGCUACGCAGAGAGCUCCAGCUGAACAGGCUCCUUCAUUCUCCACUGCUCAUCGCUGCCUAUUUCAGUUUGAAAGAGGUACCAAAACCUGAAACCAAAUGGCAGCAACAGCAACCCCUCUGGUGAAACAAUGCACAUACUGCAGUUGCCGUUUUCUGAUUGGCUGAAAUAGGUGCAGAGCGAUGCCAUUCAACUUGUCAGCUAAAGCAUAGACAUCCGCUGGUGCUAAUGAUGGGGUUUGGUGUCCCUGUGCGUUUGGUUACUCCUUUAACUGAUAUGGUAUGGGGCAUGUUACACAGACCCUCGGGAUUACCAGGCGGCUAGAGGGGAGUUGACAAUGAAUUAGUUAUUCAGGGGGUCCCACCUUGGUAAUGCUGUCCCUUUACGAUGGGGUACCCCAGGUGUUGGAGAGAUGGUUAAGGGAGCAUGGUGCGGAUUGUGAGCUGGGCUUGUUUUAUUUUUAUUUUUCUGAAGGAUCGGUCAGGAGGUGUUUUUGAUAUUUGUCAUCCAGCUCGUUUUUAUGUGCAUUACCAUUUGUAUUGUACACUUGGGUGUUGUACAAUAACAAACUGAUUCAUGUUUAAAAAUAUCCUUAAAUAAGGAAAAUCUUUUGUAUUUUUGAUUUCAAAAGGCAUGUCGUAUCUACUUUUUAAAUGUAUUAAUGAAGAUUUAACUUUACAUAAGAUGGAGUGUCUUUUUUUCUUACAACUAUCUGUAUGUAUGUUUAGUUUAGCACAGUGUCACUAAACUGUUUAACUUAGCAUGUAGAGAUUCAAGCUUGCUAUAUGAGGAAAGUCCUGGUUAACCUUUAAUCAAGGCACUUCAUUUCUGCAGAAAAAAAGCAAUCGUGUUACAGAUCCUUUUUUUUUCUCCCCAAUAUCUGUUCAGCCAUUUUACUUGCAGGAAAUGCUAUUUGUGCUAAAGAUGUAUUUAAAAAAAAAAAAUGCUUAAAGACAUCUUUCUUGGCCAAAAGGCUAUGCUAUUGUAAAGUGUAUAUACAGUUACAAUGACUUUCUGAAACAAAGUUUUAAAGUUAACCU